AUGUGCAUGUGCUCUGGCGCUCCACCACGGUGGGACUUGGUCCUGCGCCUUGGCAUCUUCCCUGGACCCUUCCCCGCAUCGUUUUCCCCCGUGCUUCCCCGCGUCGGUAACGCCCCUGCCCCUGUAGCGCUGUCUUUAGAGACUGCAAGCCCGGUGUGCUCGGCGUGGAACGGGCCGACUAGCUUCCAACCACAAGCGCGAACCAAGGUCAUCGACGUGUAA